AUGUCAGAUUACUCCGGUUCUGACACUGAAGCAGUGGACAGAUACGAAAACGACACGAAACAAUUUACUGGCACUUCUGACUCAGUGAGGCUGCCAUCCUCAAGCAUCAAAGCUGAUGGCCAUCAUUACUCCCUUCUGGACUACUAUGACCUAACAAUUCCACUAAUAAAUGGAAAGUGCCUUCAAUCCCUGAACAUUCACUCAUUUCUUCGAACUUUGUUGGACUUCCUGCUUCUACAUUCCUUUCAGCUCAAAGCUCUUCAAAAGCGUGAAAUCAAGCUUGCGGACCUUACCCUAUAUGAGUUUAAUGAAGAUUUCCAAGCUCUUCUUAUCCGGUCUGUCCUCCCCAAAACCACUCAGAUACAAUACACAGCUCGUCUUCGGCACAAGCUUGUUGAGUUGUGCCCGAUAUUUAUUUUCUCCAUGUACCUUUUUGCACGUUUCCAUAUCCCCGACACUUAUGGCGAGUACGAUCUCACCGAAGAAUCCCUCACAAACGAACAAUUUUUGGACUAUAAGCUACUCAACGGAGGCAAUAAGCUACGUCCCUUAUCGUAUUCCCAGCAAUAUAAGGCUUCCACAAGAAUCCUCAAAAUCAGUGAUAAGUAUAAGCCCAUUCAUUUGGGGAAAAUUCUCACUACACAAUACAAUACAAAUCCUGACUUGGGCCUAGUCUCCGAGAGUCCUCAAAACUAUAAAUGCUCUAGUCAUACGGUGACAGGUAUUCAAUUGGAGGCACUUUGCAAGUUCGCCGGGUUUGAAAACGAGCUGGCGUAUAGAAUCGACAGAGCCAAACGCAUACCUCCACCAUUCAUUGUGGAACAAAUUUUUCCUUUCCUUAAUACUCACAGGUAUGGGCAGAAUACUGAGCUCGAUGAGUUCUUCAGACUCCUCAACUUCAUCCGUAUAACGCUUGUACAAGAUAUGGUUGAAGUGAAAAAGCGGUUUCCGGAAAACUUAGUGUGCGAGCAUCCCAUAUUUUCUUCACAAGAGUUUUGUGAUUUUGCUGGAGUUCCGAAGGAGCUGUCCGUGAGCUCUAAUCGCAAUGAUCCUGAUUCUAGUCCAACGUCACCCUACUCAUCGUCAGUUGACCUCAAUGGGGAAGAUGGCAAUGCUUUCAAAGAGGAUGACGAGUUUCGUUCUAACUCACGUAAACGCCCGUAUAUGCUGACGUCGCAAGAUGGGAGCAGAAAACGCUUGAGAGAUCUCGAAAAAUUGGUAGAGCUGAUGAGAAAACAGCAAACGGCAAUGGCUCGAGAGAUGAGUCUGUUCAUAGAGAAGCAACAUGCUCAGCUAGCCGAACAGGGAAAUAUGCUCAGGAGGCUUAUGAAUAGCACUGAUGGGCUUUCAAUACUCUUGGCUACCAGAAACCCAAACGCCGGCAUGUAUUCCAAACAAGUUUACGAUCAGAAUAGUGUCACCUUUGAUCAAUUGCAGCGAAAGAUUUCUCAAGCUAGCAGUGAUGGAGUUGCAAUUCUGCAGUCGUGGAGUUCCAGGAUGCAACAAGUGGGUAACCAAUCGAAGCAAUAUAAGGAUAAAGUCGAAGAAGCUCGUGCAAGAGCGUUAAUGUUAACACCAGCUCCUACUGUGGACUCAAUCAAAGAACUUUACGAUGACUUUGCCGCCUGGAGUCUGGCACUUACUGAUCAUCAUAUUACAUUGGAUGAGUGGAAUGCGGCCCACAAGCCUGAUGACAGGACAUUGGUGGAGAUGAGGUCUGCAAUAGUAAGGUUUUUGGAAAAUGAGACGGCACGAAGCCAAGCCCCUAUUCAUGUUACAAUCGGCAAACUCCAAUCGAAAUUACGUGAUCAGAACUUGUCUGUGGUGUUACCUGACCUCGCAAAACAGAUUCUCUCAGGAAAUACAGUAAUUCUUGAUUGA